AUGACAGAAGACAAUUGUUUCGUUUAUGCUUGCAUUCAGGCUGGAGUAGAUGGAAAGACUAUUGACCACAUGAGAGAAGUCAUUCGUGUUAGAGACUUUCCUCAAAGUAAAGUACAAGAAAUUUCUGACGCAACAGGUAUAGCAUUUAAUGUUACCAUUGGUUAUUUCAAUGACUCAAGACAUAAUGAAAUAAAGAGAUAUAUACCAAAAGAAUGUGAAACUGUUAGAACUAUUGACUUACUUCUUGUUGAAGACCACUACAUGCUAAACGAAAGAUUACCAAUGACAACAUAUUUCAUUCGCAACUAUAUAGAAAUUCUCAAAGCUUGUGGUGGAAUGAACAUUGAGAAACAAAUGAAGAUUUAUACAAAGAGAGAAGAUAAAUAUGUAGUUCGUUAUGAUAGAACAACACCGUUAUGGGAUGUUAUGAAAACAUUGUGGGAGUGCAAAUAUUUCGAACCUAUUUCUUAUGGAGAACUUUUCACAUAUACUACUGACUUAUAUAAACAGAACAUUGCACCAUUUAAAGAUUUGACAUAUGCUCCAAAGUAUUGUGUACAACUGAAGAAGAAAGCCGAGUCAAAAGAAGUAAAUAAAAAUAAGUGCAAGUUCAUUCCUGAGCACGUUUUCUUUGCUGACUUUGAGUGUAGUACAGACGGCUUUCAUAAAGCUUUUAACAUAUGUUACGACAGUGAAGAUGGUUCAGUGAGUGAAAGCAUUUGGGGUCAGAACUGUGCAACAGAAUUUUUGGAGCGACUUCCUGACAAGAGUUUAAUAUAUUUCCAUAACCUCAGUUAUGAUAUAAACUUCAUCUUAAGACACAUGACAGAAGUGAAAGGAACUCCCAUCAUUAAAGGUUCACGAACAAUGCAAAUAACUGGCUUAUAUAAAGGAAGGGCAAUUAUUAUAAAAGACUCUUACAGUGUUAUAAAUAAGAAGCUUAAACUAUUUCCUGCUAUGUUUAACUUACAAACAGGACCGAAAGAA